AUGGCUCCCACCAGGGACUAUUACGCCGACCUGGAGCUGCCCACGACGGCAGACGUUACCGAGGUCAAGAAGCAAUUCAGAAAACUAGCGCUCAAGUACCACCCCGAUCGUAAUCCUGGCAAAGAGCAGGAAGUCAACUCCAAGUUCCAAAUCAUCCAAUCCGCCCACGAGGUCCUUUCCGACCCUCAGCAAAAGGCCAAAUACGAUGCGACGCUCAGCCGAACAAACAGGGUGGGCGCUUCGGGCGUCAAGGGCAACCCGUGGGCGAACGUGAGCCAGCAGUUUCCGACUCCUCCUCGCCGCAACACCGCGGCACGGAACGCGACGUCGGGAGCACAGCGAUGGCAGACUCGGUUCUCAAACGGUGUCCCUCCCACGGCCAAGCAGGGAGCCGCAGCCGACCCCGAGGCGAAGAAGAAUGCCGCUCGAGCUUUUGAGAACAUGCGCAAGAGCCAGUCCCGGGGGGGCGCCAAGAGCGCCCAGAAAGAACCUCGCCCAUCGCAGCCUCCUCCACCACCACCUCGAACUGAGACGGCCAGACAGCGGGCGGAAGCCUCGUUUGGGGCGAGGAAAACUGGAUACCAGCCACGCGCGGCCAUGCCUGGAGAUGAGCCCCCGGUCUCUGCUGCCAGCUACUACACGAGGAUGAACGCAGACCAGCGACAGCCACCGCCACCUCCUCCCAGGCAGCCCCAGGAUGGUCCAAUGCCCGACCCUCUUAGCCAGUUCCGAGACCGGGAUGCCUAUGCGGACGCCAGACAGAGCACGCCAUACACGUCGCACGGCGGCGAGAAGACAAAUCCGUUCGACGGCGUGCCUCUAGGCCGCGCCAAGAGCUCCAGGGAAUCAUAUCACAGGGAGGAGCCGUCCAACUCGGAUGAUGGGACUGCCGGUUCCCAUAAGAACCGCAGCUCUAGCGUCCCCGAAUCUGGUCUCCAUACCCCCCAGGAUGACGCUCAUCCAACAUACACGGCCGGCGAGACAAGCGAUACGUCUUUUAGAGCCAGGGCCAAUGCCAGCAACCUUUAUGAGAGCCACGACCCAGCUUCAGGUGCUGCGAACCAAGCCGGGCCCCCAGACCAGGGCGCCAGCGGUCCAUCCUUGUAUGCCACUCCUUCUGAUUUGCCAUCAUCCGCGCGUUCUUCGUUUCGAAUUUUCGACAGCAAAUAUCCGCGAUCUUUGAAUUCCCGCGUACGGCCCUUUCAUGAGUAUGAGACGGACCAGGACGUCAAGCCCGGUGAAGUCAAUUGCCACAAUCUGGCUUCUAGUGGAGACCAGGAAAGCUUCCAAAACCUCACUCCUUUCGAGUUGCGACAGCACCUGCUGCUCGAUCACUUGAUAAAGAACAAGGAGGCUGGUAAUUCGCCGGAGAAAGAGAAGACGCAUGCUCCCAGCUCUAUUCCAGAUUCGAUUGAUUCAAAGGACUCUGCUGACCGGACUCUUAUUGGUAGCUUUAACUUUCCAGUGGGUGAUGGCACUACUGAGCAGACGUCGCCGUCUACAGGCCAGAACCCGUUUGCCAAGAGCAGCGUUGAUGACAUCAAUACGCAGUUUGUCAACGACGAAGGGGCAAACGCGUGGCAGUUCAGUGCCGGCAGUGGGGAGCCACAGGAGGGACACCCUUCUAGCCGCCCUUCGUCAGGCGGCCGAGGCACGCGCCGCUCGCCGUUGAAGCGGCCGUCGAUGCGACGACCCGAACCUCCUGCCCCUGAAGCGCAGGCAGAGACGCAACCAACGGGGUUCAACGCCGAUGCAUGGAAUGACCAAUUUGGUCCGCAGGCAUUUGUCCCGCAGCCGACGCCCGGCAAUUCCGCCUCACCAACGCGCCGUGCAAACUCUAAGAAGGUCAAAGCCAGGCCAACGGCGGGUAGUGCAGCCGUUGUCGACGAAGACAGCAGCGAAGGUGAGACGUACGAAUGGCGCGGCCGCGGCGCCGGGACGAAACAGGCGCCGGUAGACAGCCCUCAGGCCAUGGACAUCGACUCGCCACCGACGGUACCAACAGCCGCAUCGAGCGACUCCAACAGCGCACGCAACAUACCCGUUGAGCCCACACGGCCUGAGUGGCGGCCUGGAAAUGUUGACGCCGUGGCCGGAGAUGGCAAACCUCAACGACCGGAGAAGAUCCCUUUGGAUCCGAACACGAUGGGAUCAGAGGACAGCGAGGAUAUCCGCGCUAGCUUUGCGGAUUUGAAGAAUGUGGCCCCAUUUGCUCACGAGCAAUCCGGCCUGCGGUCCUUGGACGACCUCAAAGACAGCCUACCAUUUGAGAGCAAGGCAUCGGAAGAGCUCCCGAUUAAGAAGCCCAAGGCCCCGCCUCUUGACUUCCCAUCGCCUCCUGAGGCGCCACGGCUGCCACCGACGGUGGCUAUUGAGGGGAUGAAGCCGAAUGCAGCUUCUUGGAGCAAGUAUCUUGAAGACUUUGAGAUUUACCUGCGACAGUGGGACAGCUUCAACGGACAGGUAGUCGACCACUUUGCCACGCGCAAGUCGAACAUUUCUUCCAUCAGAGCCGCCAAGGGCUACUCCUUCUUGGGUGCUCGCAGCGACAGCGACAUUCAGAGUUAUAUGCAGUGGGUUCAGCAGGACAAUUACGUUCGACAGCGGUGGAGUGCCGCUUGCGAGGAGCAUGAGAAGCGACUCCGCGAGUUCAUGGCGUUCAGAGAGAAGAUGAAAUAG